UACUGAAUUUUGUGUUCAUUUUUCCCAAGUUGGCCAACAUUCUUAUCAUUAUGAACAAAUGCGACGAAUGUUAGAAUCUUCUUCCCCUGAAAUAUUCAAAUUGUUUUUCUCAAGAAAAAAUGUGAUGCAAUGCACUGUUCUGGGCUUUAAUAACUCAAUUUAUGGAAAACAGCCUCGAGCUUUGUGCAUCGGAAAUACACAUCUUUACAGCCAUCCUUUCGCAGAUGGAAUUAGAUUACUUCAGACAACAAUUUGUAUUAACGAAAUGACCGCAGUUCUGAAUGAACUAAACUCUCGGGGGUUUGAUUCGAUUCCGAUUUUGUGUGGUGAUUUCAACAGUCUUCCGGAUUCGGGUGCCUAUCGUUUUGCAGUUGGAGAGUUUAUCAGAUAUAAUGAUUCUUCUUGGGAAGUUAGUGGAACUGGGGGACACAAGACUACACACGUUGACAGAAUGGCGGGAAUGGAUCUCAGUCAUUAUUUGAGUUUGGCUUCUGCUGUUGGAACACCCGAUUAUACUCAUUUUGUUUCUAAAUUCUCGGGAUGUAUCGACUACAUUUUCUAUGAUAAAAAUAAGCUCAAAGUGGAUUCAUAUCUAUCUCUUCCGGAUGACGAAGUUGUCAAGGAAAAUGUUGCCCUACCAAGUGUUUGUUUCCCUUCAGACCAUAUUUCUUUGGUUGCCGAUUUCUCGGCAAAACAUGAUUUAAUUAAAUGA